AUGACUGCCGAGGAACUUCACAUUUACAAGACUACUCCACCUCUGGAUUGUGAUCUAUAUUUUGCCCCUCUCGUAUGGGCGUUGGAUAUGAUCACUGAAGCUCGUCGUGAGGGUCUUAUCCGCUUCGACCGCGCAGUGGAGAUAUUGACCGAGGAAGUCACCAGAUUUCGUGGAAAGGUUGGUAACAUCUUCGCCUACGAUUGGAUAAAUAUCCCUUUGGUGUACACCCAGGUUAGUUUCUCACAUGUUCUACUGGCUCGCCUACCUUGUUCCCUUCCGAUUGCAGUUAUUGCCUAA